UGGCCUUGCCACCAUCAGGGUGACAUCCGCUAUAGCUACCUCUCUACUCCCCCACUCUUCCUCAGGACUUCUCUGGACCACAGUCCUUGGCCAGAUCCCUUCAGCCCCCAGUCCACCAUGACCCCUCCAGGCCACAUACUGCUCCUACUUUUGCUCCCAGCUGCUGCUGCCCAGAUGUCCACAGGUGAGCCAUCGCGCCCUACCUUUGACCCUGGAACUUCAGGUUCCUGUUCCGGAUGUGGGCCCCUCUCCCCGCAUCUCCUGGCCAGCCUAGUGGCUGCAGAUGCUGUCAUGUCACUGAUAAUUGUGGGGGUGGUGUUGGUGUGUGCCCGCCCACGCCCAGGUCGCAGGCUCAACUAUGAAAAUGACAAAAUCUACAUCAACAUGCCUGGUAGAGGCUGACCUCCUGUAACUUCAACCUUUGACUUCUGACCCUCUCAUCCUGAAUCGUGUGUGAUGGCACAGGAACAUGUACAACACCCCCACCCUUUUGGAUUGAAUAAAGCGGUUCAAAUAUC